CAGUGGCUUCCCAGUUCCCCGGAGGGCCUAGUGGACUAGUGAGGUGUAGGUGGGACGCGGCAGGCGCGGGAGCGUCGGGAGGUGGGCUGCGGCCCGAAAGAGGCUCUCGAGUAGCGUUCGGCUUGGGAGCCAGAUAACUGAGUUCAGAAGGACCGCCGAGCUCAGCCCCAACCCGAGCCUCUAGGGCCUUCCAUUCGUGGCCGGUGCUGGCGUCUCUGACGCUCUGCCUGGAGUACAGGCCUCAAAGCCUAGCCUCACCCGCUUUUGUUGGGAGACCUUCGGGCCAAGCGCCAUCGUGGGCGAAGCGGGAGCAGGAGACGGCUCCGACGCUCGGGCAGCGCCCGGAACCCCAGGCUCGUGGUUACAGUUUCCGGUCGGUGUAGGCGUUCAACGACCCAAGACCACGGAAGCGGGCUCGGGGGGGCAGUGCGGGGAGAGGACCGGAGAUGGCGCCGCCGGCGGGCGGCACAGCCGCUGGCUCGGACCCCGGCUCUGCCGCGGUGCUCCUGGCCGUGCAUGCCGCGGUGAGGCCGCUGGGCGCCGGCCUGGACGUGGAGGCCCAGCUGCGGAGGCUGCAGCUGAGUGCGGACCCGGAGCGACCAGGGCGCUUCCGGCUGGAGAUGCUGGGCGCGGGCCCCGGGGCGGUCAGUUUGGAGUGGCCCUUGGAGUCAGUCUCCUACACAGUCCGAGGCCCCUGCCAGCAUGAGCUGCAGCCUCCACCGGGAGGGCCUGGGACUCUCAGUCUGCACUUCGCCAACCCUCAGGAAGCUCAGCGGUGGGCAGCCCUAGUCCGAGAUGCUACCGUGGAAGGACAGAGUGGCAGUGACAGCUUGCCCCCAGCCCUAGGCCCAGAAAUGUGCCCUGUCUCCCCGCCCAGUCCCCUUGAAGUGCCCACACCCAAGGCCCCCCAACCCAAGGUGGAUCUUCCUUGGAGCCCUGGAGACUUGGAGAAAGAAGAGCUGGCAGGGCGCCUGACCCAAGCCGUAGAGGGUGGGGAUGAGAAGGGAGCAGCCCAAGCAGCAGCCAUCCUGGCACAGCGUCAUGUGGCCCUCAGGGUCCAGCUCCAGGAGGCCUACUUUCCUCCUGGCCCCAUCAGGCUCCAGAUCACAGUUGAAGACGCUGCGUCCUCUGCCCAUGUCUCGCUGCAGGUUCACCCCCACUGCACCAUCAGGGCCCUCCAGGAGCAGGUGUUCUCAGAGUUCGGCUUCCCACCAGCUGUGCAGCGCUGGGUCAUCGGGAGGUGCCUGUGUGUCCCUGAACACAGCCUCGCUUUCUAUGGGGUCCGGCGGGAUGGAGACCCUGCUUUCCUCUACCUGCUCUCAGCUCCCCGAGAAGCCCCAGGACGCAGUCCUCAGCGUCCCCAGAAGGUGGAUGGGGAACUAGGCCGCCUGUUCCCACAGUCAUUGGGGCUGCCCCCAACCCCUCAGCCAGCCAGCUCCAGCCUGCUCAGCCCCCUUCAGCCCGGCUGGCCCUGCCCAUCGUGCACCUUCAUCAACGCCCCAGGCCGCCCCGGCUGUGAGAUGUGCAGCACCCAGAGGCCCUGUGCUUGGGACCCCCUUCCCACAGCCUCCACCCAGCAGCUCCCAAAGGUCACGCGGAGAGAGGAUGGCCCUUCCCUUCCAGGCCCAAGGUCCUUGGACCCCCUCCUGAACCUCUCAGGGAACCUCUGCUGAUUGCUCACUGGAGUCAUUAAAGACACUUCUGAGCCAGCC